AUGAAACCACUUCGAACUCCAGUCAACUUAAGCCUAUCUUAAUUAUAUCAAUCGGAACUCAAAUAGCAAUAAUAACCAGAUCGUUUAUUGAAGGAUUCAAAUGGUUCUGUCUUUAAAUAUAGAUUUGAAUCAAAUUUGAGUGAUAGAAAAAUUAGAUAACCUCCAUAAUAAAUAUAAACUAGUUUAGAUUGUGGAUUAAGAAAAUCAUCUAUAUUUGAAGAUUACAAAUUUGAAAUGGAGAAUGGUAAUAAUUACAGGAAUGCCCCUUAAAUUUAAAAAUUUAAUCACUUAAAUUCUAGUUCUGAAAUUAAUUAUUAAAAACCAAAUUUUUAAAAUGUUUAAACAUAAUAAUAUUAACAACAUUAAGCAUAAUAAUAAUAUUAAUCAAAUAAUGUUUUAAUUGGUAGUAGAAUGUUAAGUCCACUUUAAAAAAUGAAUAAUUUCGUCUAAGAAGAUCUAGAAAGCAUUAGAUUUAGUUAGCAGUUCUAAAAAUUACAUUUUAAUGAAAACAAUGUAGAUGAUUAUAAGAUAUCACUUUAUUAUUAUAAACCUUAAAUUGGUAUCACAUAUUAAAUGAAAGAGAACGUAUUAGUUGUGACGAUCGAUUAAAGUUAAGUAACAAAGAUUAGAUAAUUUUUGAAUGAGUACUAGAUAGAUACAUUGAUGAUAUAUUAUUCUAUAAAUUUUCCAUAAUAAUUGUUGAUGACUAUUAAAUGUAUAAUUUAAGGGAUUGUUAAAUUCUGUAAUUUUAUGUAGGUUGAAGAUUAUAAUAUAUAGGAUAAAUUAGCAUAGGUUGGAUUUAGUUAUCCAGAGUUAUAUAAUGAAACAUUAAUAGAUAGACAAAUAUAUAUUAAUUUGUGUUCAGCAUUGCCAGUGUUAACUAAAAUGAAUUUAGACAUGAUUAUAAAUUAAUUGUAGGAAAAUGAGAAAAGUUGUAAAUUGAAGUUUAAUGAUAGUUUAUAAAAUUAAUUAGGAAUAUUAAAAUAGGAAAAUAAAUAAUUGAGUAUACAGUAGUUAUUUGAGAAAUACUUUUAAACAGCACAUGCAAAAAAGAUAUUUUUGGAAUAUUUGAAAAAUCCCAUAUCAUCAUACUAGAUAAUAAAUAAAAGAUUAUAGUAUCUAUAAAUAUUUUAACAGUUAUCAUUAUAACCUUCUAAUUAGAAAUUUAUAAAGAUGCCAUCUAAGAUUGGAUCGUUUAGUUAGGGUAUUAAGAAUAUUGUUAUGUAGUGUUGAAGGUAUUGUCAACAUAUUAAGAAAAGAGUGAACCAUAUUCAAAGUUGUUUACUUAAUUGUAGUAUUUGAUUGAAUUUGUAACAGUAGUUAAAUAACUUGUAGUGAUAGAUAGAAGAGCAUAAUAAUAGACAUGUUAAUUACUGAAAGAUUUAAGUAAUGUAAAUUUAGAAAGUAUAUGUUAAUUAUCAGAUAUAAUUGAAACUUCUUUAUUGUUUAAUUAAUCAAAUGUGUAGAUAAAGGAAUAAAGAUAUCCUUAAUUGGAGUAAUUAUUAUCUUUGUAAAUAAAUUUAAAAUCAAGGAUUUAAUUAAUAAAAAAUAAACAUUAAUCUGAAUUAGCAUUAGUAGGUGUUAAGACUUAAUAAAUAGAAGUGAAACAUGUAAAUGGUUCUUAUAAAUUAAUUGUUUAAUCAAACUUAAAUGUUGAAGAUAAAGUAUAGAGUCUUGGAUGGGAAAUGGUUUAAGAGAGAGAUGCAGAAAAUUAUGUAGUGUUUAAGACUUCCUAUACUUUAAGUUUAGAUGAAUAGUUCGGUGAUUUAGAAGAUUAAAUUAUAUCUAUGUAAGAAAAGAUAUUAAUUGAACUUGUGAAAUAAAUAUAAUCUUAUUCUGAAUAAUUAUAAUAGAUAGAAUAAUUGGUAGGAGAAAUUGAUUAUUAUAUUGGAUUAAGUAUAGCCAUAACAUAAAUGCGAUUAUGUAUUCCUAAAUUAAAUAAUAAUAAUCAAAUGAAAAUAUAAGGAGGUAGACAUUUAUUAGUUGAAUAAACUAAGAAAUAAAAUGUUGAAUUUUAACCAAAUGAUUUUGUUCUUAAUGAUAAAAGAAUAUUUUUAAUUGUAGGUCCUAAUUUUUCUGGUAAGUCUGUUUUCAUUAGAUAAAUUGGUAUCAUAAUUUAUUUAGUUCAUUGUGGAUUACCUGUUCCUGCUUUGAGUGUAGAUACAUAUUUAUUAGAGGAGAUUUAAGCACUCUUUCCUUGUGAAGGUAAGUAAUAAUCAAAUUUAAGUAUGACUAAUUUAGAAUUGAUGUAAUUAAGUUCUGCACUUAAAGUUUCAAGUAGAUCUUUAGUUUUGAUGGAUGAAAUUGGUAAAAGUAAUUUAAGAAUAUCUAUUUUUUAUAGCUUUUAAAUAUUAAGUUGGAUCUAAUCUCCAUAAAUCUGCUUUAGAAUACUUUAUGUAAAUGACUCCAAAUCCACCCAUUGUAUUAUCAGCCACUCAUUAUCAGAAUCAUGAAGAACUACUCUAAUAAAAAUGUUUGUAGUAAGGAGAAAUGGAAGUUGCCUUUGAAUCAAAUAAAAACUUAAUUUUUGUUUAUAGAAUUGAUUUCCAUUCAAAAAGAGUACAAAAACUAUCUUUUGGAUUAGAAGUUGCUUUAUUAGUUCAUUAAAAUGAAGAACUCUAUUAGAGAGGAUUAUAAUUAUAUGAAUUAUUGACUAAAUAUAAGUAUUUAUAAAAUAGUUGA